AGAGGCUAACACAACAAUGGCACUGUUGACAUAAUAAAAGCUUGUGGCUCUGGUGGACCUGGUGAUUGGUCCUUGUCACUCACCACACAACCAAAGCAAGUUGGAACUUUCCGACAUUACAUUGAAGGCCUCAGAGAGAGAGAGAGAGAGAGAGAGGGAGAGAGAUCCAGAAAGAGGAAGAAGAAAAGCAGGGAGAGAUCUCCAGCAAGAGGAGAUGGCAAAGCCUGCCAUGAGUCCCACCCUGAAGAAGAGUAUGAUCUCAGUGGCAAUGCUGCUCCUCUUUGCCUCAAGGAAGAGCAUUGGAGGGGAUGUGGUGGUGAAGAUGGGGUGCUCUGGGAAAUUAGGGGACUGCCUUUGGGAGAAAGGAAAGGAGAUGGAGAUGGAGUCGGAGACUAGCAGAAGAGUAUUAUGGGCUGCCCACAAGAAGUACAUCAGCUAUGAGGCUCUCAAGAGGGAUGUGGUGCCUUGCUCCAAGCCUGGGGUUCCCUACUACAACUGCCGUGCCCUUCCCAAGGCCAGUCCCUACAGUAGGGGCUGCGAAGCCAUCUCAGAGUGCAGGGGAGGAUAAAUCUAAUGAUUCAUGGAGAAACUGAGAGGAAGUUGAUUCUCUUGUGUUUCUUCUGCUUUGCUUGGAAUGUAAUAAGUUAUUAUGGUAGUGUAAUCAUGUUUUUACUCAUUUUCUCAAGAAUCAUGAUCAUAUAUUUUUUUAAGUUUGAUUCGCAGACAUAAUCUCAAGCAUGAUCUUUAUGA